AUGGUGAGAAGGGGAUUCGUAUUUUUGUUUGGUUCGAAUACAGAAUUUCGGUUUACGGUGUUCUAUAAUGUCCUGCUUUCUGAAAGUUUCUCAGAUCACGAAAUUCAGAAAAAUCUGAUGCAGCUCGAUCUGGUCUGGUCCAGUAGCUUUCAGGUCUGGAAAAUCUUGGAUCUGGAGCCCAAACCUGUUCUUAUGAACUCAGACUACACCACCAAUGAGGGCGCCAACGGGCGUCCGCACCGCAAGAAUCAAGCCUUGUCUCGGCCCAAGGCGAUGCCGUCCAAGUGGGACGACGCGCAGAAAUGGCUCGUGGGCAUGUCGAACGGCGGCCGCGCGGACGGAACCCACGGCGGCGCCAGGGUCAAGCCCAGGAACUCCAACGCCGACGAUCGGCGCCUCCUCGGCUCGUCCUCGCAGAACGGCCGUGUGUCCUGCAGCAGCGUGGACGGCGCCUUGGAGUACAGCAUGGUGGUGGCCGCCGCGCCCUCGACGCCGCCGCGGACCGGCGAGGAGGGCGACGACGUGGAGGAAACCAAGAAGAUCGACUGCAUGGUGCAGCAGCAGCAUGGCUCGCCGCCCAAGGCGGUGAUGCGGUCCGUGUGCCUGCGGGACAUGGGGACAGAGAUGACCCCCAUCGCCAGCAAGGAGCCGUCCAGGACGGCCACGCCGCUGCGUGCCUCCACGCCCGUUGCGCGGAGCCCAAUAUCCUCGAGGUCGUCCACCCCAGCGAGGAGACGCCAGGAAGGGCCUGUGGGCGUGACCACCGCCGCCGUUGUAGGGACGACCGAGCAGGCAGCGGCAGCAGGCAAGGUCGGUUGUGUCGGCGAGGAGCGCCGCGUGGUUGGUCAUGUGCCCAGCGCGAAUUCGCUGGAGUCGCGCGCGGCAGCCUGGGAUGAGGCUGAACGAGCCAAGUUCAUGGCGAGGUAUAAGCGUGAAGAGGUACAGAUACAGGCCUGGGAGAACCAUGAGAAGAGAAAAGCUGAGACGAAGAUGAAGAAAAUGCAGAUGAAGGCCGAUCAGAUGAAAUUACGGGCUCAAGAGAAGCUGUCCAACCGGCUGGCCACGACGCAUCGGGUGGCCGAGGAGAAGCGGGCGACCGCUGAGGCGAAGCUCAAUGAGCGUGCGGCGAGGACAUCAGAGAAGGCCAACUACAUCAGGAGGACAGGGCACCUGCCGUCCUCCUUCAAGUUUUCUUGCCUGUGCGGCUCAAGCUUUGAGUAA